UUCAGAAAUCAAAUCGACUGCCCAGAUUGGAAACGGCGACAACCGGCUUUUUUUCUUCUUCUCGUUUUCUAUUCCAGAUCACAAAAACUCUCGUACAAUCUCUGAGAAUUUAGAGAUCUUAAAUAGGUAUUUUGCUGCUAGGGUUUUCAGAGAAGGGGAAAAAAUGAGCUUUGAAGAUAUAGAGAAUCGUGUUUGUCAACUUGUUUCUUAUGCUUCAACAUUCGAGCGCCUUGUGAAUUUACUUGGUGGUCCUAAAGAUACACCUCUACUACAUCAGAAAUUGCACGAUACGAGAUGUCUGAUUUUGUACUUGCUGAGUGAUACUACAGCUAAACUCCAAGGAGCCAGUGACAAAGAACAACAUACUAAAGCUAGUGUAAAAAAAAAACGAAAAGCACGACUUGCUAAACUUACAAAAGAUAUCCAGGCAGCUAAAAAAAAAGUUAAGGCAACACAACUUCUUGCCGAUAAAAUGAUAGUCAUUGCUGAAUGUGCCUCUGUUGGUCCACGUGCAGUACAUCCUUCCAGGUGUUAUCCCAGUUAUGUCCUUCCGUAAAUUUGUGUGUUUAUGUCUCCUGCGUUUUCCCUCAUAGUAAGAUCUUUGAUACAGGCGGGAUGUGCUGCCACUAGACGGUGAGAUUGAAGAACUGAGUUUUGGCGAGAUUGAAGAACUGGGUUUCGGCGGAGUAGCUCUUGUCGGUCUGUCUCUCUCUCUCUCUCUCUCUCCCUCUCUCUCUCUCUCUCCCUCUCUCUCAUAUAUAUCUCAUACAUAGGUACAUAUCUGAGGCCAGAAAACUCUGCCUUCCAGAUGAAAGUGAUUUUGGUGAUAACGGGUUUGUCUCAUACAAGCGCAAUCAACCUUCUCUAGUUAAACUCCCUACUUUUGAAAUACAUCCCCUGGAUAACACCGUCUAGCUCUUGUCGGCCUGUUGGGUUUGAUCAUGGAGCAACAUAGUCCAAGGCAAUCGGCCUGUUGGGUUUGAUCAUGGAGCAACAUAGUCCAAGGCAAUAAAUAAUGAUUACCGGAUGGGGGAAGACUACUUGCAAGACUUGGGCAAGUUGCCAGUGGCUCAUAGUUCUACUCAACUAUGCUUGAAUAUCCUUUUUUUGACUGUAAUCAACUUAAUUAAGAAGAAAGUCUUAAAUUCUAGAAUAGUUGGAUACUUUUCUUUUUUGGUUUGUUCUCUUACGGCUUAAAGACUACUGUUGGUUGAACGGUAUGGUCGAAUCCUCCCUACAAAUUAAUAAUCACGAUUAAUUAGUAGAUAAAUUAAUAAUCACGAUUAAUUAGUAGAUUUUACCGAGUUAACAUGCAUCGGGUUAUUUAUGGUUA